UCUUGGCAAGUGAGGGGCGGGGGCGGUGUGCGUGGGGUCUGCGGCCCUUUCCCACAGAGCUGUCAGCAACAAGUCCGCCAAUCAGUUCUCAAUUUCCUUGAGUAUUUUCAUGCUUCAUCAUGUUGAGGGCAAAGAAUCAGCUUUUUUCACUUUCACCCCAUUACCUGAAGCAGUUAAAAGAACCAUCAUCCUCCAGGCUCCGAUGGAUACGGUGUCUACAUCAGCAGAAACCUCUUCAUCCAGAAUGGGCUGCCCUGGCCAAAAAACAGCUGAAAGGCAAAAACCCAGAAGACCUAAUAUGGCACACCCCAGAAGGGAUCUCUAUAAAGCCCUUGUAUUCCAAGGAGGAUACUAAGGACUUACCUGGAGAACUUCCAGGAGUGAAGCCAUUCACACGUGGACCUUAUCCUACCAUGUAUACUUUUAGGCCCUGGACCAUCCGCCAAUAUGCAGGUUUUAGUACUGUGGAAGAAAGCAACAAAUUCUAUAAAGACAAUAUUAAAGCUGGUCAACAAGGGUUAUCAGUUGCCUUUGAUCUAGCAACGCAUCGUGGUUAUGAUUCAGACAACCCUCGAGUUCGUGGUGAUGUUGGAAUGGCUGGAGUUGCUAUUGAUACUGUGGAAGAUACCAAAAUUCUUUUUGAUGGAAUUCCUUUAGAAAAAAUGUCAGUUUCCAUGACCAUGAAUGGAGCAGUUAUUCCAGUUCUUGCAACUUUUAUAGUAACUGGAGAAGAACAAGGUGUACCCAAAGAGAAACUUACCGGAACAAUUCAAAAUGACAUACUAAAGGAGUUUAUGGUCAGAAAUACUUAUAUUUUCCCUCCAGAACCAUCCAUGAAAAUUAUUGCCGACAUCUUCCAAUAUACAGCUAAGCACAUGCCAAAAUUUAAUUCAAUUUCAAUAAGUGGAUACCAUAUGCAGGAAGCAGGAGCCGAUGCCAUUCUGGAACUGGCCUAUACUAUAGCAGAUGGAUUGGAGUACUGUAGAACUGGACUCCAAGCUGGCCUAACAAUUGAUGAAUUUGCACCAAGGUUGUCUUUCUUCUGGGGAAUUGGGAUGAACUUCUAUAUGGAAAUAGCAAAGAUGAGAGCUGGGAGAAGACUGUGGGCUCAUUUAAUAGAGCAAAUGUUUCAGCCUAAAAAUUCUAAAUCUCUUCUUCUAAGAGCACAUUGUCAGACAUCAGGAUGGUCACUUACUGAACAGGAUCCCUACAAUAACAUUAUCCGAACUGCAGUAGAAGCAAUGGCAGCUGUGUUUGGAGGGACUCAGUCUUUGCACACAAAUUCUUUUGAUGAAGCUUUGGGUUUGCCAACUGUGAAAAGUGCUCGAAUUGCCAGAAACACACAGAUCAUCAUUCAAGAAGAAUCUGGCAUUCCUAAAGUGGCUGAUCCUUGGGGGGGUUCAUAUAUGAUGGAAUCUCUCACAAAUGAUGUUUAUGAUGCUGCCUUAAAGCUCAUUAAUGAAAUUGAAGAAAUGGGUGGAAUGGCCAAAGCUGUAGCUGAGGGAUUACCUAAACUUCGAAUUGAAGAAUGUGCUGCCCGAAGACAAGCUAGAAUAGAUUCUGGUUCUGAAGUAAUUGUUGGAGUAAAUAAGUACCAGUUGGAAAAAGAAGAAUCUGUAGAAGUUCUGGCAAUUGAUAAUACUUCAGUGCGUAAGACGCAGAUUGAAAAACUUAAAAAGAUCAAAUCCAGCAGGGAUCAAGCUUUGGCUGAACGGUGUCUUGCUGCACUAACCCAGUGUGCAGCCAGUGGAGAUGGAAAUAUUUUGGCUCUUGCAGUGGAUGCAGCUCGUGCAAGAUGUACAGUUGGAGAAAUCACAGAUGCUAUGAAAAAGGUAUUUGGUGAACAUAAAGCUAAUGAUCGUAUGGUGAGUGGAGCAUAUCGCCAAGAAUUUGGAGAAAGUAAAGAGAUAACUUCUGCUAUCAAUAGAGUUCAUAAAUUCAUGGAACGGGAAGGUCGCAGACCUCGUCUUCUUGUAGCAAAAAUGGGACAAGAUGGUCAUGACAGAGGAGCAAAAGUUAUUGCUACAGGAUUUGCUGAUCUUGGUUUUGAUGUGGACAUAGGCCCUCUUUUUCAGACUCCCCGUGAAGUGGCCCAGCAGGCUGUAGAUGCAGAUGUACAUGCUGUGGGUGUGAGCACACUGGCUGCUGGUCACAAAACCCUAGUUCCUGAACUCAUCAAAGAACUUAAUGCUCUUGGACGGCCAGAUAUCCUUGUCAUGUGUGGAGGGGUGAUUCCACCACAGGAUUAUGAAUUUCUGUAUGACGUUGGUGUUUCCAAUGUAUUUGGUCCUGGAACUCGAAUUCCAAAGGCAGCCGUUCAAGUGCUUGAUGAUAUUGAGAAAUGUUUGGAAAAGAAGCAACAAUCUGCGUAACAUCUUGGUCUUGUUUAACUUUUAUCUAAAAUACUCUUUCAGUUAUGAUCAAAGAAGAGAAUAAAGUCAUGUCUUCAAUUUAAUUCCAAUUUCCUUGAAAGCGUUAAAGUAUCUUACUUAUAAACAUGAUGUCAUGCUACAAGUAUGUAUGUACAAUUUCACUUUAAAAAUUAAAAAAAUUAAUUUUUAAAAAAG